AGUCUCUGUUGCCGCGCAGAAACGCACAUUCACAUCGAGCUGCCAGUUUCCGCCAGAGCCGCUUCAGGCUGCAUUACAUGCGCAGUCCUGCUCUGAAUCACACAUCACCACGGCAACCGGUGCUCACACAGAGUCCCGUCAGCAUCCGAGAGAUCCGAUCCCGUCCACAAUCGACCGGAGAUCCCGCAAAACCACAGCAUUUUCAAGCAGCUGAGCAGCUAUGGUGAAGUUGGGAAGUAAUCUGUCUGAUAAGCUGGAGAAGCAGCCAUCUACAGAUGAUGGCUUUGAUAACAUCCCCCUCAUCACACCCCUGGAGGUCAACCAGCUCCAGCAGCCAUUUGCAGACCAAGUCAUCGUGAAGACGUCGACACAGUAUCAGCUGCAGCAGCAGAAGAAGAAUGGGCUGUAUGUUCCCAACAUAAAGAAGCUGAAUAUCAACUUCUACAGGGAUGUCACAGAUAGAGCCAAGAUCACAGGUCUUAUCAUCAUCACUUUGGCGUUCCUGACCAGCCUGCUUCUUCUGCUCAUGUACAAAGCCAUGUGGUAUGACCAGCUUAUCUGCCCAGCAGGUUUUGUCCUGAAGGAGAAGCACUGCACCCCUGCAGCUCUGGAGAUGUACUACACAGAGCAGCAGGAGCCGGGUAUUCACAGCAGCACCAACACCGGUCUGUACGCUGCUCUCAGCCACCUCAACCAGGUCAAGAGGACUGAGCCUGAGCUGCCAUCUCCAUGGUUACCAGUCAUCAGCACACUGAAGGAGACUGAGGAGUCCAGCAAGCCACUGAAAGGAGUGCUGGAAGAAGAGGAGUGAAGGGUGUAGCAAAAAUGUAGGCAAAAGAGCAAAAAAAAGAGGGAAUGUUAGAUAUGGUUUUGUCACUGCGUGUGUGUGUGUGUGUGUGUGUGUGUGUGUGUGUGUGUGUGUGUGUGUGUGUGUGUGUGUGUGUGUGUGUGUGUGUGUGUGUGAGUGUAUUUAAGAUUUUCUAGUUUCCCACCAGAUAGUCCACUAAAUUAUUGCUUGUGCCAGAACUUUAAAAACUUUAAAGUUUGACUGACAGCUCAGAUAAGUAGUGAAGGAAUGCAUGUGUGUGUGUGUGUGUGUGGGUGUGUGUGAGUGCGUGUGGUGAGUUGUGGUUAGAAGCAGGAAUGUUACUCAGUCAUGACUAAAGACUGCCAUCUGCAUACACCGUAUACUCCCACUCAUGUAAAUCUGUACACACUUACAUGUAUGAGCACAUAUGUAGUUCAUGCAUAUUUUCAUUCAUGUGUUGCGUGUGCAUGCAUACACUGUACAAUAUUACACACUUGUCUGAGUAAGUUGGAGGUGAAACAAAAGAGAGAAGGCGAGAAACCAAAGUGAGAAGUGAAGGUAACAAGUUUUUAAUGACAAUGCUGCAGGUUUAUCUUCAUUAAUCAGCUUUGACGUCUUGCUUUCUCUUCAUUAGUUUUAGGGCUGAAUGUAAGAAAUCAUAGAGGAAUGUAUUUACAGCUCAUUUUGCUGAGGUAAGUCGAUUUCACAUCGUUUUACCUGCCGCCUGCAAGUUCCAGUAUUGCGCUAUUGGAAUCAGAGAAAAGUGCAUUUUUAAGUGUUUGUCUGCAUUUUCAAAUAAUAGGGAUGUUGCAUUUAUAGUUAAUUACCACAAAGUUAAUUUAAACAGUGUUAAAUCUGUAACACAACUAAAUGUGCAUCAAGUACAGGGGUCUGGAUACUUUAUGAAUCCAUUGUAUAUUUCCUUAUUUGGUCACUCUAAUUUUGCAUUAUAAAGUGAUCUGUUUACUAUAAGUAUAGAUGUGACUUUUCAUGUAUUAUUACAGACAAAACCUAGAUUGGGAUAUUGCUGUAUUUUAGUGUACUUUAUGUAAGCUAAUUGUAAACAAUAAGCAAUCAUGCUCCAACCCUGUUUUUUUUGUUGUUUCUUAGUAUGUCUUUGGUAAUGCCCUUGCAAAUGUAAAGUUUAAGAAUUACAGAAGGAUAUCAUAAAGGUCCUUAAAUGAAUGUAUAUGAAUAUAUAAAGUCGCAGCUUUUAUCUCGCAGUAGAUGGAAGUAGUGCUUAAAAUGCUUGAUCUAAAAGUGUUCACAGUAUUCUUUAUUUAUCUGUGCAUUAUUUAACAACCUCUUCAUGGAAAAGUUGUUUUUGCAAACCUAAAUGUUUUGUAGAGGAAAGACAAGGCAGAAAAUUGUGUGUUGUUCAUUUUUCAAACAGAUGCAAUUGAUGCCCCAUUAACAAGUAUCAGACUCAUCUGCUCAGAUGUCGCUCAGAUGGACUGAGUGUAGUUUCUUAAAGAAAUUUUACUCUUAAUCCAGAAGAUCUUCUUCAUUUCUGGUGGAAAUAGUGGUAGAUUUCCCCCUAAGUAGUCUAUGAAACCACAGACGUUAUAGAGUCAACGACUGUGGUUAAGAGUUGUGACUCAGCUGAGGUCUUAUAUUGUCCAUAUCUUUUACAGUCGUAAACGCGAAACCAUCAGUGGUUUCACAUACUACUUUUCAUCAGAACUGAAAAGGCUCUUCUGGAUGAGAGCGAAAUGUCUUGAAGAAACAAAAUCCAGUCCAAUUGAUCAGACUCAACCUAUGUUGGAUACCAUGAUUUGGAUGAAUCAGAACCUUCACAGACAAAGGACUGAAGUGUUGAUUGUCUUUUUCACAGCCAGGCCUUCCCUUUAAUUAAACAUUAAUUAAGGAUUUAAGCAGUGAUUGAAACUUUCAAUGUUGGAUUUCACAGAAAAUCUUUAUUAGGCGUUUUUUAUCCAUUAUUAUUUAAAUUAAUUCAUACUUAAAGAUUAUUUAGCUAAAAAAACAAACAAAAAAGAUUAUUUAGCUAUAAUAAGUUAACAUUCAAGAUAAAUUAUCCCUCUAAUUUAUCACAUAUCGAUGCUUUGUCAGGAGCCUGCUGUACGGGUUUUCAAUGCAGAGGGUACCCGUGCAGUUUCCUGAGCAGGUAACAUGAUGGUUGCAGGAUGCUUUACCAUGUUAGUGUGGAAAAUAUUGGCAAAAUUUUUUGCAGUAAAAUGCAUUUUAAUAUGUAUUCAAAUGACUAACAGUGGCAUACACAAUAAAAUAUUCAAUAUUC